AAUUUUGACUGUUGCAGCAAUAUUUUGAACUUUUCAGGAUGCUAUCAGACGAGGCAUUGUGGGAAUGGUGGGCAGGACACCUUUAGUAAGAAUCAACAAAAUCAGUGAUGAAACAGGUUGUGAAAUUUUAGCAAAAGCUGAGUUUUGUAAUGGAGGUGGAUCAGUAAAGGACAGGGCUGCUUACUUUCUUAUUAAAGAUGCUCUGGAAAAAGGACAGUUAGGUCCAGGGGGAACAGUGGUUGAAGGCACUGCUGGUAACACUGGUAUCGGACUGGCACACAUGUGUCUGGCAAUGGGGUACAAGUGUGUCAUCUAUAUGCCUGAUAACCAGUCUAAGGAGAAGAUUGAUAUGUUAAAGACUUUAGGAGCAGACGUCAGACCUUGUCCUGUAAAACCAUUCACUGACGAGAUGAACUAUAAUCACCAGGCAAAAAGGUAUGCAGAUACUUUAGAGAAUGCUGUUUGGACCAAUCAGUUUGAUAACACAGCUAACAGAAGGGCACAUAUUGAAACAACAGGACCAGAAAUAUGGCAAGAAACAAAUGGUAAAGUUAAUGCAGUAGUCUUUGGAACUGGGACAGGGGGAACACUUGCAGGGACAGGUAUCUACCUAAAAGACAAGAACCCCAAAAUACAAGUUGUUUGUGCAGAUCCCCAGGGAAGUGUCUUAUAUAAUUGGUUUAAGAAUGGUCAGUUAGAAAGAACAGAUGGUAGCUCAAUAACUGAGGGAAUAGGUCAAGGUCGUGUCACAGAGAACAUGAAAGGAGCACCUGUUGAUGAUGCAAUGUGUAUACUGGAUAAAGAUGCUGUAGAAAUGACAUUCCGAUUGUUAGAUGAAGAGGGAUUUUUUGUUGGUGCAUCUUCAGGUUUGAACAUCUCCGCAGCCUACCAGCUUGCCAAACAGAUGGGUCCAGGACAUACAAUAGCAACAUGUUUGUGUGACACUGGACAGAGAUACUACGCAAAGCUGUUUAGCAAACAAGUUUUAACAGAAAAAGGUUUGUUAGAGAAUUUACCGGAAAGAUACUGGAAGUACCUUCAUUAACAACACAUUGUUAGAUUAGAUUAUUCUAUACAAAGACAAGAUUUUCUACCACAUAAUAUCAUAAACAUUUUGCACCUAUUUUGACAUUUUUUAACAAAUUUUGAAACUGUUUUAUAAAUGCUGAAUUUUAUUUCUCCAUGAAAUUUUAGAUUCUUUUUAUUCAUUAUUUUUAAAUAAUACUAACAUUGAUUUUCAUUGGAUGAUUCUAAGGCAUAUAUUAUCUGAAUACAUUGGGUGCUUUAAAAAUAAUUAAAAUUUUAUUCUUAUUAUCAAUGACAGCAGUAUUAUAAAUAAGUUAAGAAUUUAGACAUUUGAAAGGAUAUCUGGCUGUUAGUAAAAAGUUGUUUGUUAUAUAACCCUUGUCUAGGUUGUAUAACCAAACAAAUAUUAAUACUGAGGCAUAUAACCUAUCAGAAAUCUGUAUUUAUGUUUUGUAAUCUUAAAAUACAACAAACAUUUUCAUGUAAUUUGUACAAUGCUACAUAUAAAUAUCUUUGUGACUGACUUGAAAAUGCUUGAAAAAUUUAGGCUGUAUUUCUGACUGGUAAUUCAGAAGUGUGAUUUCUUCUGUACCUAUGCAAUCUUUAUAAUAUACAUGUAAUUAAUCAAAUAAAGAUUUUAUAAGUUGAAAGAAAUAAAUAAUCUUAUCUUUUUUUAUCUUUUUAUAUGUAAGCUAAAAUAAAUAGCUAUAACAAUUUCACAAAUGAAAUUAGACAAACUUGCACAUUUAAGCAAUCUUGCCAUAAAACCUGGUUAACUGUUUUGAACCUGGAACCACUAGAAAUGGACAAGUCAAAACUCAAGGAUAGACAACUCCAUGAUACUAAAUUAGGGGUGAAGAUAAAAUUAUUAAAACUGGAAAAUAUACAUUAAAGUUAAACUCUUAGUCUGGUUGCAUCAUCAAAUUCUACCCAUGCAACCAGUGCAGACCAAGAUGAGCAUGAUAAGUCAUCAAAUUAUGGUCUGCACUGUUUGCUUUUCAGUUUAUACAUAUUUUGAAAUUGUCCCUAAAAUUGAUAAAUGGUUCUGUCCAGAUUAAAAGAUGGUCAAGUUCAUUUGGUAAAGGCUAAAAAUGAGUCGGAGACCUUGCAAAACUGACUUCUGUUUUAAUGUCUAUAGUGUUACAAUAUAUUUGUUAAAGAUAAUUUUACAUGCAACAUAUUUGUGAUAUUUUCUAAUAGACCAGACUGCUGCCAUUGUUAUUGUUGUUUUGGUGAUCUUUAAUUUGAAAUAUAAGGUUACAAUUGUUAUUU